CACGACCGCCGAGGGGAUGAACUUCACCGUGGGUUUCAAGCCGCUGCUAGGGGAUGCACACAGCAUGGACAGCCUGGAGAAGCAGCUCCUCUGCCCCAUCUGCCUGGAGAUGUUCUCCAAGCCGGUGGUCAUCCUGCCCUGCCAACACAACCUCUGCCGCAAGUGCGCCAAUGACGUCUUCCAGGCCUCCAACCCUCUGUGGCAGUCCCGGGGCUCCACCACCGUAUCCUCGGGAGGCCGCUUCCGCUGCCCGUCCUGCAGACAUGAGGUGGUCCUGGACCGACACGGGGUCUACGGCCUGCAGCGGAACCUGCUGGUGGAGAACAUCAUUGACAUCUACAAGCAGGAGUCCUCACGGCCACUGCACUCCAAGGCUGAACAGCAUCUCAUGUGUGAGGAGCAUGAGGAAGAGAAGAUCAAUAUCUACUGCUUGAGCUGUGAGGUGCCCACCUGCUCGCUUUGCAAGGUCUUUGGGGCCCACAAGGACUGCGAGGUGGCUCCACUGCCUGCCAUUUACAAACGUCAGAAGAGUGAGCUCAGUGAUGGCAUCGCGAUGCUGGUGGCAGGCAACGACCGGGUGCAAGCUGUGAUCACACAGAUGGAGGAGGUGUGCCAGACCAUCGAGGACAACAGCCGAAGGCAGAAGCAGUUGUUAAAUCAGAGGUUUGAGAGUUUGUGCGCUGUGCUGGAGGAGCGCAAGGGCGAGCUGCUGCAGGCGCUGGCGCGCGAGCAAGAGGAGAAGCUGCAGCAGGUCCGUGGCCUCAUCCGGCAGUACGGAGACCACUUGGAGGCCUCGAGCAAGCUGGUGGAGUUGGCCAUCCAGUCCAUGGAGGAGCCGCAGAUGGCGCUCUACCUCCAGCAAGCCAAGGAGCUGAUCAAUAAGGUCGGGGCGAUGUCCAAGGUGGAGCUGGCAAGUCGGCCAGAGCCGGGCUACGAGAGUAUGGACCAGUUCACGGUGAGCGUGGAGCAUGUGGCUGAAAUGCUGAGGACCAUCGACUUCCAGCCAGGUGAGGGAAUGAGUACUGGCCGGGGUGGGGGUGCUGCCGGGGAGGAAGACGACGAAGAGGUGGUGUUGGACGGGGAUGAAGGCACCGGUGUAGGGCCAGAUGAGCGGCAGGACGCGCAGGAAGCUGUCUCUCGCGAGCACAGGCCCACACUGAGCCGGCUCGCAGUGGAGAGUCUGCAACCCCCCACCGGUGUGGUGGGAGAUCUGCGCAGCGGUGACCGCACCCCCAGCUUGGCACUACCCGUGGAAGUAUGGCUCAAUAAAGGACUGUAG